UUAUCCCUACAGUGAAGACAGCAGUCAGGGGAAGGAGUACAUGAACACCCGCUGCCCCGCCUGGUGCGACAGGAUCCUCAUGUCCUCCUCAGCCAGAGACCUCUUCCUGAAGCCGGACAGCGAGGAGAAGUCUGUCACCUACGACAACGUCGGGCCCAGCGUCUGCAUGGGAGAUCACAAG